AUGCCUGGUACUAAGAAUAAUACCUGCGAUGGAAGUCCGAAGAAGGCCUACAGGGAAGUUGCACUAGUCACGAUCGGAGUGCACGGACACAGCCUUAUUGAUGAUUCUGUCCCGCAGGAGCUGCCACGGCAAUUAUUACUUGCAUUUAUUCUUCUUAUUUCCUGCAAUCCUGCAUAUCCUGAAAAGCCUCCUUUAAUAAAGCUUGUUGAGACAGGUCUUCCUGCCGGAUGGGAGGUCCGCCAUUCUAACUCCAAGAACCUCCCUUAUUACUUCAAUCCCAUGACAAAAGAAUCGCGUUGGGAGCCUCCAUCAGGCACUGAUACGGAUACGCUCAAGGUUUACAUGGCCAACUACCAUAGCGGGCCCACCAGUCGGCCUGAUGGCACAGGUCAGGGUGAAGGGAAAAUCCGCUGCAGCCACCUUCUCGUCAAGCAUAAGGAGAGCAGACGGCCCAGCAGCUGGAGAGAGUCAGAGAUUACUCGGUCCAAGGAGGAGGCGAUUGAAAUCCUUCGUGGCCAUGAAGCGCGCAUCAAGUCGGGCGAGGUCAGCUUGGGAGAUCUUGCGAUGUCAGAAUCAGACUGUAGCAGCGCCAGGAAGAGGGGUGACCUUGGCUUCUUUGGACGUGGAGAAAUGCAGAAGGAGUUCGAGGACGCUGCCUUUGCCCUACAGCCCGGUCAGGUCAGCGGUAUCGUUGAUACGGCUUCAGGUGUCCAUCUCAUUGAACGGUAA